AUAACCAAGAUGGCGGACCUGGAGAGUUCUCUCACGGCCAUGGACUGGCUUCCGCGGUUAACUGUUGGGGGCGCGAUGGCUGGAGCUGCUGUCGGAAAAGAAGGAUCAACUAGUAGUGCAUUAGCAAAGGGAAGUUGUGGACAUGUUGCUUUACGAAAAGGACCGAAUUCACCAUUAGAUACGAGUGCAACUUUAGAGCAAAACGAAGUGACUGGUCAAAGAGACGGAAAACCUCCUUACAGCUACGCUAAUUUAAUCACAUUCGCUGUUAAUAGUUCACCGAGAAAGAAAAUGACCUUAAGUGAAAUAUAUCAAUGGAUAUGUGAUAACUUUCCAUAUUAUAAAGAGGCCGGGAAUGGUUGGAAGAAUUCCAUACGGCAUAAUUUAUCAUUAAAUAAAUGCUUCUUAAAAGUGCCCAGAUCUAAAGAUGACCCAGGAAAAGGAUCCUAUUGGGCAAUAGACAGUAAUCCUCCAGAUGACCCCCUUCCUGCAAGACACAAAAAACGCAAGCUUAUCCUCUCAGAUCGGGGUUCUCCAUACAGUCCGGAGUCUGGUCUGAGCCUUAGUCCCAGCAGUAUGAAUUCUGGUCCAACACUCAAUGUACAGGUAACUGCAUGUGCAUUGCCUGUCUCACCUAACAGCCAGACCUCCCAGACACAUAGGCAGCCUCCUCCCCCACCACCGCCAACAUUUAUGGACAGCCACCAUGGUAUAGAAGAUCUUAGUGCAUCCUUUAGGAGUCUGUACAAAUCCAUGUUUGAAGGCGGAGGGGGACCACCAGGACAAGGAAACACCGAUUCUUUGACAGAACCUGACAUUAAUAAGCUCUUGAAUGGAUCUGCGAACCUAGGUCAAACUACAUCACUAGGAGGCUCCCUGACAGAUUGGCUUCAAAAUGUGGACACACUAAAGGAAAGUCUGCGUUUGGCAGGAUCAGGAAACUAUGACUUCCAAAAUAUUGAUAUAUCUCAAUUUCAAGGUCUGAUGGACACAAUGAAAAAUGCUGACCAUUCUAACUGGUCUCUUAAUCCAGAACAGUUCCAGGACCUUGCUUCAUCUUUAAAUAACUUCUUCAACCAAUCUACAACAAGUCUGCCACAAACUCCACCCAGUAAUCCAUUAACUGUUAAUGUUAAACAGGACUACAACUCUGAUACAAACUCGACAAUCACAUCAUUGAAUAAUAGCAGUGGAUCUCACCUCACUCUUCCAAUCACAUCUACAUCAGCAUCCCCACAGAUCAGUCCACGGUCCACGGGAGGAGGAUACAGUCCACGGCCAUCACAGGCUGUUAUUGUUCAGCCAACACAGACAGCACAGUACCAGCUUCGGGAUGAUAUUGAAGACGAUUUUAACUGGGAUAAACUUCUAUGAUACAUUAUUCUCAUCAACAUCAUCAUUUAUCGUCAACAUGAGUCAUCAUCACUAUCAUUGUCAUUGUCAUCGUCAUCACUCUGCAGUAUAUUUGUGACUGUCCUUCAUCAAUCACGUCUGUUAUUUAUACAUGUGGGAAGCUGUGCAACAUUUGGUGGUUGAUUUAAUUGUUCUGGGAAGAGAGAAAAUGUCUAGUGCUAGAAUGAGAGACCUGACAAAAGGAACUAAAGGUUUGUUGGGUAGAGACUUAUGGAGUGCUAUAGAUUCUUUACAUUAGUAUGGCUGGUUGUGUACUACGUUUUCUAUACUUACUAAGCUUGAUUACUGCUGCAGCAGACGCUCAAUUAGAUAAAAUAUACUAGCUGCAAGGCUUGAUGUAUUUUCAUUCUAGAAAAUUACUGAAGUGACUACCAUCAGUUGGCAGAGAGACUUUUUUAUCUAUUUUUUUUUUUUAUCUAUUCUUGGAUGUGCAUGGUUUGUUUAGCGCUUGGAGGAGAGAAAGGCAAUCUGACUGGUGAUAUUUUGAUUUAUGUAGCUCAACUGUAUUGUAUGGUUUCACUAGACAGAAUCAGUGAUACCUGACAAUUUACAUAAUAGACAUAUACACCAUAGUGAAAUCUCUCAGUUCCAGUUGUUUACGUAUCUUUGUGAAUGAUAACGGUAGGUUAUGCCUGACAUACUUCCUGGAUUCGUCACAGGACACUAUUUUUGAUUUGUGUUUGGCUCAACAUUCAUAUCUUUCUUUACUUUGUUGUGGUCCUUGAAUUUACAAUUUAUAGUUACUGUGGAUUUUUUACAAGAAGUAAAAAACAAGUGAACUAUACAAACAAUCUUACUAGUGAUAUUGUCUGUUUUCCCAAUACUUUUUUAUCAACUUCUAUUGAA